CUCAGCCACUGAAUAGCACAGAUUCCCUUCACUUCAGAUUUGCGAUAACGAGCUCGGCAUCAUCACCAUGGAUCAGUCGUCUCCUCCAGAGCAGCUAUCGGACGCUCCGGUACAGCCGGACACGAACAGUGACUGGACGGUAACGGAGGAUUUGCGCCUGCGCCGCUUUCUGUGCUACGGCUCUCAGAGCGCCACCUACAGCGCGCGUGAGAAGCAGCGCCUCACCCCGGAGCGGGCGUCCACCCUGACCGAGCUGCUCGACGCCGGCCGGGGCUGCGAGGUCGUGCACGAGGUCCGGCAGCUGAGCCGGAAGGGCGGCGCUAAGAGCGUAAACCCCGCCCUGUUCGCCCUGGCCGCGAUCUCGCAGCGCACGGACGCCGAGGCCAAGCGGGCGGCGUACGGCGCCCUCGGCGAGGUCUGCGCCUCCCCGGGCGAACUCUUCACCUUCGUCCGGUUCAAAAAAGAGCUGAGCGCCGGCGGGCAGCGCGGCAUGUGGGGUCGGGCACUCAGGAAGGCCGUGGCAAACUGGUACAACGGGCGUGAGCCGCUCAGGCUGGCACGCGACGUGACCAAGUGCAUGAGGAUGGGAGGAUGGUCGCACCAGGACCUGUUCAGGCUGGCGCACUUUAAGCCGGGCAGCGAUGCCGUCGCUCUCGUCAGUAAAUACGUCACUAAAGGCUGGAGGGAGGUGCAGGAGGUGUACGGGGGGAAGGAGAACCCAGAGGAGGUGAUGAAAGUGCUGGCGUACCUGGAGGCGGUGGAAAAGGCCAAGCACUCGAGUGAUGAGCAGGAGGUGGCGCAUCUGAUCGAGGAGCAGCGACUGGAGAGAGAGCACCUCCUCACCAAACACCUCAAAUCUACUGAGGUAUGGAGAGCCCUGCUGAAGGACAUGCCCCUCACCGACCUCCUGUCACAUCUGGGCAAAAUGAGUGUGGACCAGGUUCUUGCCCCUGGAAAUCCAGAUGUGGCGACUGUGUGUGAGCGGAUUCAGGACGAACAAGCUCUUCUGAAGACCAAAACGCAUCCUCUGAGCAUCACGGUCGCCUCGGAGACCUACAGGCGGGGACACGGCAUUCGGGGGAAGUUAAAAUGGGAGCCGAACCUAGACGUCAUCCAAGCCCUGGACUCCGCCUUCUACAAAUGUCUGCAGAACGUGGAGCCCUCAGGAAAGCGCUUGGUGCUCGGGGUGGACGUGAGCUCUCGACUCGGCAGCAUCGCUCUGGGCAGCUGCAUCAGCACGGUGACCGUCGCUGCCGCCAUGAGCCUGGUGAUCACGCGGACUGAGCCGAACUCGCAGGUCCUGCUGUUCUCUGGAGGAACCGUCGUCCCCUGUCCAGUCUCCACGGACGCCUCACUUCUCCAGAUAACCACGCAGCUGGUACAGGCUGACGGUUCUGGUACAGACUGCGCUCUGCCCGUAACCUGGGCAUCGGAGAACGACAGGACCGUGGACGUCUUCAUCAUCCUGACCAAUAACGAGACCUGGACCGGGAGGUCGAGUCCUGCGGAGACGCUCAGGACCUACAGACGGAAGACCAGCGUGUCCUCCAAGCUGAUCGUGUGUGCCAUGACCACCAACAUCGUCUGCGUGGCCGAUCCGGACGACGGCGGCAUGCUGGACGUGGGCGGGUUCGACUCGCACGCCAUCGACGUCAUCCGUAACUUCAUCACGGACGUCAUCUGAGGGAGGUGCAUCGUGGGAAAUGUAGUUCUACUUAUGCCCGGUUCACACUACACGAUUCUUGCCCUGAUUCUGGCUCGGCGACUGGUCGGCGCUAGAUUUGCCGGCUCGGGAGCAACUCGGCGUUCGCUCGGCGAUCAAAACUCUAGCAUGUCAGAUAUCUGGAUCUGAGUUUCCGACUGGCAAUGAGUGCUGUGUCGAACAGCCAAUGAGGGGAAACGCAGGGGAGGAGUGUAAACAGGUGAUACAGGGGCGUAAUAUAGUUUAUAUCAGAAUACAUCAGCACACACACAAGCUUUACAGUAUUUCUGACCUGAUUGUUUUCUACAAAACACCCACGCUGUAUUGCAAACAAUAUUUAUUAACCUCCAACUCACUACAGAACAAUCCAUGCUGGUCGUGUUGCCAAAUCCACUCAGAUUCAUUUAUUUUUCCUCCUUGAUAUUACGCUGCACAUCAGCACACACACUUUGAUCGCUCGCUGCUUGUUGACGUGCAUUUUUGGACGUGGUGUCAUUAAACCCCUCGUCACUUCUCGCGUGUGUUCUCGUGACUAAACGUAGUUUGGGAGAGCAGAGAAGCUCAGCUGCGAUUCCAGUUGGUGAUAGAUGGUGUAGUGUGUGACCCCCCAUCACCCAUCAGUCGUGUAGUGUGAAAUACACACCGACUUGAAAGACUCCCGAUUACAAGAGAUCCAGUCGUGUAGUGUGAACAGAGCAGCCGGAUUUACUUUAUUAGAGUAACCGAUUUGCUGACCCAUAAUUCCAUUCACUUGAGUGAUAAGUGGUAUAUAUAGUAAAGCCUGGAUAAUACGCUGCGUGUACAAGCAAACGUUCAUUUCCUGUUCGUUGGAAGUCCCGAGAAAUACCUCUCGUGCUCUCCAGGAUAAAAUGCUAAUGAAGGUGAAAUGAAGUGAAAUAAGCAGUAAUUGUACAUUAUAGAAUGUACAUCAUGUGGAAUUGGAGCUGGGGUGCUUAAACUUUUGCACAGGACGGUAAAAUAUGUAGGGUAUUUCUGACUGACUAAUGUUUUAAAUGAAAGUGAAAGUACUGUGUUUAAUUUAUGGAACACUAGAUAAUAUAUUAAAUUGUUUUUACUUUAAUCAGAGCUUCCGCACUUUUUUAGUCUCUGUAGCUCAUAUUUACUAAUGAAACCUGAAUUCUUGUACGUUUAGCAC